AUGACUGUCCUCUCGGAUCAGGUUGAUCCCGCAAGUGGCGAUGUACAACUUCGUACAUAUGAUGCGAGCAACAAACCGCCUCCCUUCGGACAUGCCAUCAAGCCCUAUUGGGCGUUCGACAAGGACUAUGUCAAUCUGAACCAUGGAUCAUACGGGUCUGCGCCGCUGCCCGUCUUGUUCAAAUGCCAGGAGCUCACGGUGCUCGCGGAGCGGAACCCUGACAAAUUCCAUCGCUUCACAUACAUGCCGCUCUUGGAAGAAGCAAGGUUCCACGUAGCAGACAUCGUCGGUGCCAACGUAGAUGAGAUCGUGCUGGUUCCUAACGCAACGCACGGAAUCAAUACUGUGCUCAGAAACCUCGAAUGGCGCGAAGGCGAUGUCAUCCUUGGAGCGGCUACGUCAUACGGCGCAGUGUCCCGAACCAUCCGCUACCUCGCGGACCGCAGCGAGCAGCCGCGGCCCCUCGCGCUUGCCAUCGAGUACACCUUCCCCAUGACCCACGCAGAGAUCCUCGACAAGUUCCGCGCCCGCAUUAAAGAAAUCAAGAACACAUACCCCAACGUCGAGUUCACUGACUACCCAUCCGACUCUCCGAUGUACGCUGACGGCGCGGAAAAGAAGAACAAAUUCGUCGCAGUCAUCGACAGCAUCACGUCCAACCCCGGCGUGCUCAUGCCGUGGAAGGAAAUGGUGCGCGUCUGCAAGGAGGAAGGCGUGUGGAGCGUCAUCGAUGGUGCGCAUAGCAUCGGCCAGGAGAUGAAUCUGAACCUAAGCACUGAGGCUAAGCCUGAUUUCUUCAUCUCGAACUGCCACAAGUGGUUCUACACCAAGAGAGGAUGCGCGCUGUUCUAUGUGCCCAAGCGUAACCAGCAUUUGAUCAAGUCGUCGAUACCGACGUCGCAUGAGUACGUAUCGCCGAACGAUCCAAACUCGCCUGCGCCAGCGGACACGCACUUUGUUAAACAGCACGAAUGGACUGGCACGACGGACGAGGUCCCGUUCCUGAGCGUCACGGCUGCUGUGGAGUUCCGCAAGUGGCUCGGCGGCGAGGCUGCUAUCAACACAUACUGCCAUCAACUUGCAUUAGAUGGCGGCAAGAGGCUGGCAGAAGUGCUGGGCACCAAGGUCCUCGACGAGACUGGUCAACUGACACUCAGCAUGACUAAUGUCCUCCUUCCACUCCCCGUGGAGGAAACCAUGGGCGAGGUAUACAGCAAGGAGGUCCUGUACAAGAUCUAUGGCAUUCUGCGCGAGAAGCAGCUGUACGAGUGGAACACCUACGCCGCGCAUUAUUUCCACGCAGGAGGCUGGUGGUGCCGGUGCAGUGCGCAGGUGUGGAAUGAGAUCUCGGACUUCGAGUAUCUGGGCAAGGCGUUCAACGCCAUCUGCAAGGAUAUCAAGGAGACAGUUUUGGCGGAGAAAAAGUGA